AUGUUUUGUUACUACGAAAGCUCGGCAAAUGCACGGCCGUCGAUUGGAAAGUUUUGGCCUGAGAACAUCGACCCGUUUCUGUGUACCCAUGUUAUAUUUGCUUUCGUGGACGUCACCGAAGACGGCCGGGAUUUGAAGCCAAACAACUGGAAUGACCUGGGCGAAGACGGUCUGUACGCAAGGACCCUGGCUCUCAAGAAGAAGAAUCCGAAACUAAAGAUCUUGGCAUCGGUUGGUGGCUGGAGGAUUGGCUCCAAGCCUUUCAUUCCGAUGAUGGAUUCUGACGACAAUAUCCGCGUAUGGGUGAAGAACUGCGUCAAGUAUUUACGACAAUACGGUUUCGAUGGACUUGACAUGGACUGGGAAUUUCCGGCCACGAGAGGUAGUAAAGCGGAUGAUAAGUACAAGUUUACCCUUCUGAUGAAGGAACUGUAUGGCGCAUUUGCCAAUGAAGCUAAAGAAACUGGAAAAGAAAAGCUCAUUUUAGCUUGGGCUGCUGCAUCAAGUAUAUUUUACAUAAGUAAAUCAUACGAGCCUGAAAAAGUAGUGAAUUACAUUGACUACUUGUUGUUGAUGACAUACAACUACCACGGUUCUGGCUGGGAGAUGCAUACUGGUCACCCCAGCCCUCUGUGGGCACACCGUCUGGACCCUCCUGGAGAACAGGCCGAACUUAACCAGCAAUUUUCUAUCGACUAUUGGAUUAAAGCUGGAUGUCCCAAGGAGAAGAUAAUGGUUGGCAUACCAACCUUUUCUCAGACAUGGCUUCUGACCGACCCGAAAAAACACGGAAUAAGAGAGUCAGCGGAAGGUGGUUAUACCAAAGGGAAGUACACCGGUGAACAGGGUAUUCUCUCUUACUAUGAGGUUUGUGAGUUGGUUCAGAAGGAAGGUUGGGAAGUGGAAUGGAUAGAGGACCAGGAUGUGCCUUACGCUCAUGGCAGUGACGGAGGAUGGGCGGGAUUCGAGAACCCGGACAGUCUCACCAUUAAAGCCAACAACAUCAUUGCAAGAGGCCUCGGCGGAGCCUUUAUGUGGUCUUUGGAGAUGGAUGAUUUCACAGGAAGCUGCGGAGACGGAAAGUACCCGCUCGUCAGCACCGUGAAGAAGAUUCUCAAACCGGUAUACGAUUCCGAUGACAAAGAAUACAAAGGUUUCGGUGCUCAGAAAAAACCGGCCACUCCCGAUCUUCUUCCGAAGUUUCCCGAACGGCACACCAUGCCGCCGGAGUUUGUCGAGUCUCCGGCACCAGGAGAAGACUCGAAGGCGGAAGAAGCUUCCACGGAUAUGUACACGGAACCACCGGCAGAGAUCCAAACAGAACCGGAAACAACUGCAAAACCAACCCCCAAAACCACGACAACGACGUGGAAGCCUGAGCCAACGACGGUCUGGAAAGAAGAACUGACCACCUGGAAGCCAGAGCCUACGGACGCCCCGGAGCUGAAGGAAUAUGAAGACCACGACCAUCCUCACGAUUACGACCAUAAUCCUCCCUCAGCAGCCGCCAAAUCCGUGGACUGUAGCAAGUUGGGAGUUGGUAUAUAUGCUGAUCCCGAGUCCUGCACCAAUUUCAUUUUAUGUGUGCCAAUAAAUGUGAAAGACUUGGGGCCUUUGAAAAUGGAUUGCCCAAUGGGUACAAAGUUCGACCGAAAACUGAAAGUCUGCAAUCAUGCAUACUUGGUAUCUGAUUGCUGACAACAGUAAAAUAUACGUUUGAAUCUUGACAUUUUACGGUUUGGACUUGUAUGAUCGUGUAUAUAGUAAACGUUGAUGCGAACGUCUACUUAAGUAGACUACAUGUACUUUGUGUGGGAUAUAGGGCAGCCAUACAAUCUUCCUGACGCGGAUCAACGUGGCUGAACGAGUUUCGAAUGCUACAUGUACUCUGUAGAGUCUAAACCAUGGAGUUUCCCGUAUGAUCUCCUCACAACUCCAAAACCUAUUUUAACACACGUGACACAGUAAACACCGAUGACGUCACUGAGUAUUGCAGCAGUUUGUUGUCCCUCUUUUCAGGUAUACGGGACAAGAAUUGUUCCAGUAUAUAACUCCCCACUAAGUUGUAUUUCUCCACUUCCAGAGCAGCAUUUUCCAAACAGAUCUUGGAAAUGGAAUUAUGUUAAUUGCUCCGGGUUGACGAAUAUGUUAUAAUUGCAUGUCUGAUGUAUGUUAAGAUGUCGAGUUUACAGUUCGCGGGUUAUUCUCUGUAUGCUGUAUUUCCGGAAGGCUGUGAAAUUGUGAGAUAUGCAUGGUUUUUUCAGGACUAUGUCUGCAUAGACGCAACAAUGAAUUGUAUUUUAGAUGUCUUCUAAUUGUGAAUCCCAAAAUUACUGUUCAACGUAAAGGUUUGAUAUAAAAUGGAAAUUGAUAGGAUGUUUCUGUUUCACAAAAUGUGACUUAUACUUGGGUGGCGUGAGUGUCCGUGUCUAACAACCUUUUUGUUGUACAGAAAUGUUUGUAAAUAACAUAUAAUAAGUAAUAAAUGUGAUACAUAUUUACUGUUUAAUUAAAGUUAAGGAGUAUUGUUGGGGCUAAAUUGUCAACUGAUGAUACAAUAAUCUGUGUUGACAAUGUUGGCCCUUCACUUGCAUGUAACUAGUUAGUGGAUUGUUAUUCACUAGUUCAGUGUUAUUUGCGGCCUCGUUUCUGUGUCUUAAAUCUUCUUAAGUUAACGCCGAUGUUUCAAUAUAAUUUUAAAUCACUACAGUAUUCAUCAUCUGAUUCGUUAAAAAUAGUAUUAUUAUUACACUUUUAACCUCCAUAGUGGAAAACGCUGAGCUGCAUGCUUGUUUCUGUUCAAGGCUAUAUCUCAAGUAUGCUUCGGUGUGUCACUGGUUCGUGUUAAUGUGUUCACGUGCCUUAUGACAGGAGAGUGACACCUCGUCGCAUCUAUGGGUGUCGGCACAGGUUCGCACAAUCUAACUAUAUCUUGCUGCAAUCUGCAUAGCAGGCACUAUGCCAGGAUUAGUGAUCAAAUAUUCAACAGGUAUCAGAGAGUUGUGAAGCAACCUUGAUCAGCUACUAUGCCAGAUUAGGGAUGAAGUAUUGAAGAGGCGCUAUAAUAAAGCCAUGAACAAGUUUUGAGGAGGUACUAUGGUAGAGUAUUGCAAAAAUAUUGAGCAGGCUCUAUACUAGAAGACUAAGCAGAAAAUAUGGCAAAGUGAUGAUAAAAGUUUGAGCAGGCAUCACAGUGAUGAAAUAUUGAGGAGGCAUGCAGUUCACUUGUCUGCUGACAUGGUGAAGAACAGACACGAUCAUGUCCUUGCCAUUGUGACAUUAUUGCUAAUUGUUUUUCAAUGACAGCAUUGUACAUGUACGGUGAAGAACGGGCACGAUUGAUGAGGUCAUACACUUGCCAUUCAGUCGUUGUUACUGGAGGUAUUUGAUUGACAGAAAUGCACAUGAAUGUUUUAGGACAUGCACGGCUAAUGAGGCCAUUGUUUUGCGAUGUGAGCAAUGUUACCAGUUGUAUUUCAGUGACAUUAUUGUACGUGUAAUAUACUUUACAUACAUGAUUCUUCAGUUUAAAAUAUCCGCUUAUCACUUCUGACAUGAUGCACAUUUUCAUAUUAUGUUUUCAUGUUCUUGUCACCCCGGAAUGGUCAGUGUUAAUAGAAAUUACUAUGUAUUAUACUAU